UUCUUGAAUUUCUCAAGCUGGAAUGCUGAUGUGGCACCUUAAUGUGAAACAAAAAGAGGAACCACGAAUUUGCCCUUGUAUAUCACAGCUUUUCCUUCACAGUGCAAGUCAGCAUAAGACGUGACAGCCGUUGUUCAGGAAAACCUACGACUCCACAAUGAACAACCAAAGUGAGUUCGACAGUGGUUUUGGAGUAUAUGAUUGUGAGACUUUUGACUUCCAAACCCUCAGUGGUGUCUUCUACAUUUUGAUCUUCAUCAUCAGUGUCACAGUCAACAUUCUCCUCUUAUGUGUUCUUGUCACCUACAAGAACAAAAAGGUUACAGACUUGUUUGUCCUGAACCUGGCCUGCUCUGAUUUGGUCUUCACUGUCACACUUCCGUUCUGGGCCGUCGAUCAGCUGCACCACUGGGUCUUUGGUGACUUUGCCUGCAAAUUUAUGAUUGCGACAUACUUUCUUGGUACUUACAGUAGCGUCAUUCUACUGACUGCCAUGACUGUGGAUCGUUUCAUAACAGUGGUGCUGCACAACUGGCCAAGCAACCAUGGAAGGAGGCAGAGGUGUGCAAUGGGCGCCUGUGCAGCUGCUUGGGUCAUCAGCAUUGCUGCUGCCAUUAGCGAUGCUAUCAAAGUAAAGGUGGAAAUCAUCCAUGAGCCCAAUGUUUUCUCCUGUGGGGACCCCUUUGAUAGCUCUGAUGUCAACGUGGGAUAUUACCUCCAAGUGUCGCUGCUCUUCUUCCUCCCAUUUGCCAUCAUUGUUUUCUCUUAUUCUGCCAUCCUCAAGACAGUUCUGCAAGCCUCAAACAGAAAAGGGCAAAGGACUGUAGUGGUGGUGUUAUGUAUUGUUACAGCCUUCCUCAUCUGCUGGGGACCUUACAAUAUUUUGCUUUUCAUCACAACUUUUUAUACACCCAUAGGCUGUUAUACGCGGAACAGAUUGGAUACGGCCUAUUAUAUUUGUCGUAUACUUGCUUACUCUCACUGCUGUAUGAACCCUCUCUUGUAUAUGCUCUCACAAAACUUGCGAAGACAUCUAUUGAAACUUUUACAUUGCAAGAAUGCCAGGCAGAAGAACAGGGAGAGAAGCAAUGUGCAGAGCACUUCUGCUCUUCAGAAUGGAGCUUUUAUUGCACAAAACUCUGCUGUUAUGUUGUAACUACCCUCCAAAUAGAAAAUGAAACAUUUAUUCAAUCUGUAAGUACUUUUAGGCAAUAUUGUUUGGAUUAAUUUCCUUUCAUGUGUGGGUUUUUUUAAUAUUUUGCUUAGUUCCUUAAGAUAUGUGGGUGUAUUUGGGUCUCUAUGUACAUUUAUUUAAAGGAUCAGUGUGUAAGAUUUAGUGGCAUCUAGUGUUGAAGUUGCAGAUAGCAACAGUUUCGCUUCAUCCUCCCCUUCCAAUGUGCCAAGUAAAUGCUUUGUGAAAACAAUCUAAAGCAUGCUAGUGUGUAUGAUAAUGUGCAUGAAUGCUUUCUCAGACCUUAUGAAUGAACUUUAUGAAUGAGCUGUUUUAUUGUAACAGUUUUUAAUAAAAUUACGCUGGAAAUCUA